GGAACUGACAUACGAAGACAGCCAUUUUGUCCUGCAGCCUGUCAGGCCGGUGACUUGGAAAGGAAUAAUUUACGAAUUAUUCCCUUUCACCAAGACGAAAAGUCCCAAAAUUGUGUUAAUGAAGUGAAAAGUGCAGUUUAAAUGAUGGCGCGAUACGGUCAAAGACCGGAAAAUGCCCUCAAACGGGCCAAUGAGUUUAUGGACCUGAACAAGCCUGCUCGGGCGCUGGACACCUUGCAAGAGGUUUUCCGCAACAAGAAAUGGGCUUACAACUGGUCGGAGUCUGUGCUGGAACCGAUUAUGUUCAAGUACCUGGAGCUGUGCGUGGACCUCCGCAAGUCCCACAUCGCCAAAGAAGGCCUGUUUCAGUACCGGAACAUGUUCCAGUCGGUGAACGUUGGAUCUUUGGAGCAAGUCAUAAGAGGUUAUUUACGAAUGGCAGAAGAGAGAACGGAGGCCGCCCGGGCGCAAUCCACACAGGCUGUUAUCGACACUGAUGAUCUUGACAAUCUUGCUACACCUGAGAGCAUCCUACUAAGUGCCGUGUCCGGGGAGGAUGCACAGGACCGCUCUGACAGGACUAUACUUACUCCAUGGGUGAAAUUCCUAUGGGAGUCCUACUGCCAGUGCUUGGAGCUGCUCCGCACGAACGCGCAUGUGGAGACCCUGUACCACGACAUCGCGCGCAUGGCGUUCCAGUUCUGCCUGAAGUACUCGCGCAAGACCGAGUUCAGGAAGCUCUGCGACAAGCUGAGGAAGCAUUUGGAGGAUAUCUGCAAGCCCACCGUGCAAACCGGCAAUGUGAGCAUCUCCAAGCCGGAGACGCAGCAGCUCAACCUGGAGACCAGGCUGUUCCAGUUGGACAGCGCCAUUCAGAUGGAGCUGUGGCAGGCAACUUACAAGGCAAUUGAGGACAUACACAGCCUGAUGAACAUGUCCAAGAAGACCCCCGUGGCCAAGACCAUGGCCAACUACUACGGCAAGCUGGCCCUGGUGUUCUGGAAGGCCGGCCACUGCCUGUUCCACGCCGCGGCUCUGCUCAAGUUGUUUCAGCUGUCCCGAGAGAUGAAGAAGAACAUCACCCAGGAGGAGCUGCAGAAAAUGGCGUGCCGCGUGCUAGUGGCCGUGCUGUCCGUGCCGCUGCCCUCGCUGCACCCCGAGUUCGACCGGUUCGUGGAGACGGACAAGAGCCCCGUCGAGAAGGCGCAGCGCCUCGCCGUGCUGCUCGGCCUUGCCCAGCCGCCCACCAGGACCAGCCUGCUUAAAGAUGUGGUCCGUCUCAACGUGGUGGGACUGGCGUCUCCGCAGCUGCAGCAGCUGUAUGCCUGGCUCGAGGUCGAGUUCGACCCGCUGACCAUCUGCCACAACGUCAAGGGGGUCAUCAAGGCCCUGCAGGAGGAGCCGAACUCCCCACUGGUGCAAUACACGAACGCCCUAAACGACGUGGCGCUAGUGCGGCUCGUCCGCCAAGUAGCCCAGUGCUACGCCUGCGUGCAGUUCCCGCGCCUGCUGCAGCUGGCCGCCACCGACGACCUGUUCCACCUGGAGCGCCUGCUGGUGGACUGCGUGCGCCACAACGACAUGCAGAUCCGCGUCGACCACGCCAACAAGUGCGUGCACUUUGGCGUGGAAGCUGGUGGCGGCGAGUGGUGCUCGGCCGCCGACGAGGCCUGCGGCGGCGCCAUCCUGCAGGCCACGCCCGCUGAGGAGGUCCGCGAGCAGCUGGUCCGCGCGGCGGAGGUGCUGUCCCGCGCCGUGCAGACGCUGCUCCCCGCGCGGCGGCGCGCCGAGCGCGAGCGCGCGCGCGCGCACAUGGUGCAGCACUACCACGAGCACAAGCACGCCGAGCACCAGCGCGUGCUGCAGCGCCACAAGAUCAUCGAGGAGCGCAAGGAGUACAUCGAGCGGCUCAACACCGUGCGCGAGGAGGAGGAACUCAGGCGUCAGGAAGAGCAGCUCCGCAUCGCGGCCGCGGCCGAGGCGCGCCGCCAGGAGGCCGAGCGCGAGGAGCGCGAGAAGCGCCGCCACGCGUCAGAGAUGGCCGCCGUGCGCGAGCGACAUCUGCGCGAGAGGAUCGCGCACAUCUCGCAGAGCGACGUCGGCAAGCGCGUGCUGUCCAAGCUGGACGAGGAGGUGCUGAAGAAAAUGGACGCGGAAGCGAUCGCCCAGCGCGAGGCCGAAGAGCUGAUGAAGGAGCGCCGAGAGCUGCAGGCCCGGCUCAAGUCGCAAGAGAAAAAGGUGGAUUAUUUCGAGCGCGCCAAGCGUCUGGAGGAGAUCCCUCUGCUGCAGAAGAGUCUGGAAGAGAAGCAGGUCCAGGAUAAGGCCUUCUGGGAGCAGCAGGAGAAGGAACGCAUACAACAACUUAUCGAGGCGCGCACCCGCGACGUGGCCACCGCCGAGCGGCUGUCGCGCAUGCACGCGCACCGCGACGAGUUCGUGUCGCGGCUGUCGGCCGAGCGCGGCGCCGCGCACCGGCAGCGGCUCGAGGCCUUCGCGGACAAGCUGGCCGCCGAGCGCACCAAGCGCCGCCAGGAGCGAGCGCAGCAGCGCGCCGAGCAGCGCCGGCAGGAGGUGAGUGUCUACACCCGGGGCUGUACUAGCACCGGCAGCGGCUCGAGGCCUUCGCGGACAAGCUGGCCGCCGAGCGCACCAAGCGCCGCCAGGAGCGAGCGCAGCAGCGCGCCGAGCAGCGCCGGCAGGAGGUGAGUGUCUACACCCGGG